CCACCCCACCCAGUUUCCUCCUCUCUGUGCUCACUGCUGCUGGGAUCGCCCCGGCCAUCUGUCCCACUGACGGCCUCUAACGGCUCUUUGGAUUACACACCAACUAACCAACCUCCAGUCUGGUCGGCUCCUGGCAGCGCCUGGGUUAAACUGCAAAAACAUGGCCCCCAUCAGCAGCAGCACACACGGCCUGGACAGAGUGGAUGACUGCGGUGGGGUCAGACCUGACAGAAAGAUAAGAAAACCUCUGGUUGAGAAGAAAAGAAGGGCUCGCAUCAAUGAAAGUUUACAAGAACUCAGAGUCCUUAUCGCCGACGAAGACUUACAGUCAAAGAUGGAGAAUGCCGAAGUGCUGGAGAUGACAGUGAAACGAGUGGAAGGCACUCUUCAAAGGCGUGUUCAGGACGCUGUACACCGGGAGGCCUGUGAGCGUUUCGCUGCCGGAUACAUCCAGUGUAUGCACGACGUUCACACAUUUGUGUCCAACUACCCGGGGAUUGACCCAACAGUGGCAGCGGAGCUGUUGAAGCACCUUCUGGAGAGUAUGCCACUUAACAACAACGAGUACCACCGAGUGAUGCUCCCGGAUAUCGUAGCGGACAGCCCCCCUUGCUAUAGCAGCACUUGGUCCCUGUCUGAGAGCAUUCACACAGCCCUGGUGUCCCCGGCACCCUCCACCACCUCCGGCGACGACCUCUGCUCUGACCUGGAUGAGACCGACUCCGAGCAAAGCCAGGUUUCUUCUGAGGAGGAGGCAGACGGUCAAGAAGCGUUGCCCUGCCUAAUUUGCUCUAAAGCUCUGUGGAGACCAUGGUAGACAAUUUAAGGUGGAAUAGGAGUUUGUUUGGGGGUUUUUUUUGUCGAAACAAUAGCUUGGGUUAGAAAUAGGCCAACACUGCCUGAAUGGGCAUCAGAUAAACUCUUCGUAAAGAUAUCUUAAUAUAUCUUUACAGAGCUUAGUGACCUUAUUUGGGCCUGCUGACUUAUGUAAAUAUGUACUUGUUCAAUAUAACUGCUGUAUAGAAAGUAGACCCCCACCAGAAAUGCACUGAUAUGAGUGUGUGUAAAUUAUUUCCUAAUUAGGAUCUGUUGAAAAUUCUAUUUAUACAUGUCAGUUGACUGCUAGUAGGCUACCUCAUCUAAGUUAAGCUAAAACUUUUUAAUAAAUAUUUUAGGGGAAAAAAAAGACUUGUACUCCAUUUGUGCAGCAGACUCUUCAGGAGAAAAAAAGCCUCAUUUCACACACAAGAAUCCCACUAACCACCCACCCACGGCUGUUUCCAAGAUAUUUGUUAUUACUCUGCAAUUGUGGACCAUUUGUGUGCACAGGCUCUCCAAGAUCCCUUAGCACUUCGUAGGCAUUUGUGAGGUGUGAAAUGAGUAAUCCACUCACUCCCUCCUUAUAUAGUCCUGGUUGAGAACUUGACAAAUGGAAUUUAUAACUCUGCUCGACUCGUUUUUUAAAUAACGUGGGCACAUAACCUGCACAGUCAUGACUCUGGAAUAAGUUUGGCUUUGUAUUGCGCUGUGAUAUCGAACAAACAGUCAUCUUUUUUCUUUCUUUCUUUCUUUUUGCAAGUUUGGAGUGGUGCACAAGCCUGUGGAAGUGAACAUAAUUUUAGGCCUGUGAAAUAUAAGCAUGUCAUUUCGUAGCAGUGGGUUAGGUUGCUGCUGACUUUCACAGCUUGCUUGAUGUCAGACAUCACUUCUGUGGACUCAGUGAGAGCCACAGUGUUCUGCAUCUGCACCACCUAGCUCCUACUGCUAGGCAUGAAUAAGAAAAGCCAGCAAUCCUAAAACAAGUCUAUUCAUAUGCCACGUGGAGUGUGAGUCACGUCUUUACACCCCACCCCCGACUUAAUAGGGGACACUGGUGAAACGAGAAGAAAAAGACUAAUACACUGUGCAUUGAAUAGUGGAGCAAUUCUAUUUAGCAUAUAGAGUAGUAAUUAUACAUCGAGGUAAUGCAAUCAGGUAAGAUUUCAAUCUGCUUUUAUUGUUCUUUCUAAUCCCCCUUGCUAGAAAUAAGAUCGACACACUGUUAUAAUAAAUAUCAAACGGUGUGACCAUACGAUAAAGUUAGGCCUAUAUUUUAAACUUUAAGCAUUGGUAUUUUUGUAGUAGUUUAUUAAUGUAAAAAGGAGAUAUUUCGUUUUAAACCCAGCUGUGACCACUUAAA